AUGGAUCUUUCCAAGCUGCUUCGCUUGCCUUCGGACGGAUGGCGAAAGACAGCCGUUAUAAACACGAGUGUCGUGGGCUUCUUUGCUAUUGCAAACCUGUCUACUCUAAUUUGGUCCCUAACCAAGAGUGGCCUCUACGAAAACAACACAUUUCGCGCAGAUGAUUGCAGCAAGGUUUCAUUGCUCAACACAUUCCUACAUUUAUUACUCAAUAUCGCUUCCAGCCUUAUCAUUGCUUCGUCCAACUUCUUUAUGCAAGUUUUGAACUCACCGACUCGAGCCGAGGUGGAUCAAGCACAUGCAUGUAAACGCUGGUUUGAGAUCGGCGUGCCUUCGCUCCGGAACGUCCUGAACGUUUCUCCUUAUAAGUCCCUGGUCUGGGUGCUGUUUAGCUUAAGCUCUCUCCCAAUUCAUCUGUUGUUCAACUCCGCCAUAUUCAGCGUGGAUUACAGUGGCUCAGCCUGGUCUAUGGCGCUCGUUUCGGAAUCCUUUCUAAAUGGGGCCCCGUACUCCUUUCCUGGAGCGGCGCUAGUUCUGGAAGGAACAAGUUGUCAGGAACUCUCAGGCCUUCCGGGCAGGAAGAUUUACAGUUAUGGCAAUGGCGAUUACAGGACUGACAGCGAGGCCGGUUCCGACUUUUAUGACUCAUCACAACGGCUCAGUGCUGUUCUGGGCGCCGCCACGCAGCGAUUAUCUGUCAGUGAUUACUUCCAAGGCUGGGUCGUUGAGAACAUCUAUAACAUGUGGGAUGCCUUUGGGGAUGUUUACGACUCGAGAGUGUCACCGGACAUCGACAACGAGUUCAGCUGGGACCACUUUAGCUCUAUAUGGGAGCCCUUUCUUGGAAGCUCUUGGGACCGGCAACCGAAUUCACUAUGGUUCAGCUCAGGAUGCUACAAAACUACGGAUCCAACGUCUUCUAAUGGAUGUUACAACACUUGCGGAAAUUCACUUGGAAGAGCUGACUCGAUCCACGAACCGAUAAACGACAAGCAAGGGGCGACUUCUACGUGGGAAUAUUCGUGGUGGCAUGUAAAUGGAUCGAAUUCUACUUGGGGGCCUCCUUGGGGUCCCAACAACAACUCGAAUACAGCGCGGCAGUGGGCCCAAGGAUACUUUGACGACCUUGGGUCGUGGCCAUACUGGUGCACGGGUCUUCCGCGGCCUUCAUAUUCAAACAACCUCGCAAACGACAUCCGCGUGAAAUACUGUCUCGCCGAACCUUUUGAACCAGGCUGCGAAUUAGGAAUAUCCAAUUUGCUUCUUCUUGUGGUGACCAUUUGUGUCUUCAUCAAGCUUCUGCUCUGCAUAAUUGUUGUCGCCGCGCUGAGAGAUGAUCCUUUAGUGACGCCAGGUGACGCAGUGGCCUCCUUCAUUCGCAUCCCCGACUCGACCACAAUUGGCAGAUGCGCGGCAACAACCCCGGAUAUCCGCUUUGGGCUCUCGAAUCGGACACCUAAUCAAUGGCAGCAACGACUAAAUAGUUUUGGGAUUCAUGAUGAGACGCGCACUCGAUGGUUAUCCCGUAUCGGCUGUAAUAUUCUUAAUGGGGGAGUAUUGAAAGCAUCCUGGUUUCCAAAGGGAAAUUUUGUUGCCUCUGUAAUGCUGCCCAAUAUACCCCAGCUCAUCCUGUCUUGUGCCUAUUUCACAUACAACGCACUGUACACGCGAUUGCUCACAGAGUCAGAGUGGCAAUCGUUUAGCAUGAGCUAUCGCCCGCUGCGGGUAACGCAUCCCCAAGGAGAGCAGUGGUCGACCUUUCGACUUCAGUUGCCAUACCGAUACAGUAUUCCAUUAUUGAUCACCAGCAUUCUUCUGCAUUGGAUCACCUCGAAUGCUAUUUUCCUUUUCAUGAGUAAAGGAGUGCUACUGCCGCUGCUGCUCGGCUUAACAAGCCUCCGAGGUUCCAUGAUCAUCUCGCGAUCCAACUCGCUGAUCAUCUCUGCGGCUUGUCACGUUUCAACGAUUCGCAACUUCCACUCGCCAUCUAGCUGGUCCAAGUCGACGACCCGGGAUGAGAAUGGCUACGAUGACAACCCAGGACCAGUUGAUAAUACAGGCGACUGGAGUCGCAACACUACCGCUGUUAUAUCCGCUAUUCUAGAAGAAAGCCUCGAGUUGCAGCCAUUGGUCUCAGAGUCCUGCAGGUGUUCUCCCAUAUCUGGCUGUUCCACAACUCAAUCAGAGCACAUACACAGCGAUGUACCGGCUGAGAAUAUCCCAAACAUCGAAGCUAGGGCAUCUCCUGAGAACAACCCUAUUAUCAAAGAUCAGGCUACGCAGCAUCUCCUUGCACCGCACCCGGCAUACAGAAGCAGUGGUCACUCCACGAACCUGGAUGGAAACAGCACAACCGCGUCUGAAGACAGCUGGUACGUUGAGGAGCAGCCCCUUUCCUCAGCCUGGUCAACCCGGGAAAGCAUCACCACUAAUCAUCUCAGGCAAAAUAGUAAUGCAGCCUCGGAUGAUAGCAAAGUCACUGCAGCAUCGGCAGUCGUGGCCCAGGGCGAUGUAGACGCGGAGUCGCGACGUCUCAGCACCUCACCUCGCGCCGCCGGCGACCACGGCGGAGAUACAGCGAGCUACCUGGAACCUGGUAGUACCGACGACAGGUUAGCAGCUGCACGCAGACUCGAAGACGGUACUGAUACUGAAGAGGACGACAUGCAAUUUCGGACAAGACUGUCUAAGAGUAGGAUCCGCUGGGGCGUGGUGCGCAUGCCGGAUGAAUUUUACGCGCAAUUCGGGGACAUGGAAGAGGGAGUUGAGCUGAGACAUCUGAGCUUCGCUACCGAGGAGCAGGGUGUUGUUCCACCAGUAGAUGACCAUUGGCACAUGUAUGCUUGA